UAAAAAGUAUGAAUGAAUAGAAGGGGUCUUAUAUGAAAUAAAAAUAUAUAUUUCAUUUUUAUCGGAUAAUAAAAAGAUGCGAUUAUCAUUCCUCCUUAUAAUUUUAAAUGUUUGGUUACUUAAGACAGAUGGGCAAUGCACAUGGCCAAGUCAGUUUGCAUCGAGCACGUGGACCGACAACGCUCGUGGGAGCCUGGUAUUUACGCAGACGACAAUGCAGGGCUGGUCAUUCACGAAAGAUACGCAGGUUAUUAACGAAUGGCAAUGUACAAAUAUAGACCAGUUCGAAUCGGAUGGUUAUUUGGUUAUGAGAUCUGUGGAAUCAUUCAUCCAGUUUGUUUCCUCGAGCUACUAUGCAUAUCUCUGCAUAAAAUUGACGCCAGUAACUGAUGUCUCAUAUAGAUAUUACGUCAUGGAACCUGAACAGCCGGAGAUAGAAUGGGACAGAUACCUUAUUGCUCCUGCAUCACUAUCACUCUCUACAGUAGCAACAAUAUGUUAUGACGCAUUCGGUGCUUCCGGUGCAGAAUAUAACGUUAUGAUCAAAGCUGGCCAGGAAGGUUCUGCAACAGUUUCCUGUCCCUGGAUUUUUCUCGGAACAUUUGACUAUACACAUACUGACGCCAACACAGGGUCAUCCUCGUGUACAGCCGGUGGAAACACGUGGGACAUGUGCACGGAUAUCACCAGCAUGAUGUUCGAUCUAUCUACGUGCUCAGUUGAUGUACCAUUUUCAGGCACUAGUUCUGUGAAAUGUGUUGAUACAGUUCCCGUUGGAUCUGAUAAUUUUGUUACGGUUUACAACAGUGGUAGUUUUGAUGGUACAAACACUUUCCAAUUUGCAUGUUUUGCGGUAAGCAAUGAUAAGACGACGGCGUCGGUAGCGCCGGGAUAUUGCAGAAAUAGCCAGACAUCGUCUAACUACCCAGUGGACCCCUCCGUGUCUGCUCCUACAGGUUCGACGAUUGGAUCACUGAUUACCAUUACACAGACAUAUAUGCUCGAUUCCCCGGAUGGUGGAUCUGUAAACGUUACAACAAAUGGAGCGGCAACAACAGCUAUUUACACGUGCGAAGCGGGAUAUGCGUUGUAUGGCGUCUCAGAAAGAAGUUGCCUAGGCAACGGCACAUGGAGUGAUGAGCCACCUACUUGUAAAUGUGAAGCUCCUUCUGAUCCCGAUCAUGGAUUUGCGAACGUUUAUGCGGACGGCAGUUAUGUAACAUACUCGUGCGAAGUUGGAUAUGUCUUAAAGGGAGACCAGUAUAGGUGGUGUCAGACAAAUGGCAAUGCUUGGAACGGAACGGAGCCUAUAUGUGAAACAUGUUCUGUGCUUGGAGACCUUACAAAUGGCAAUGUUACGUUGGAACAAGCUAGUUACACCACAGCCGCUAUGUUUUCAUGUGAUGUAGGAUUCAGUCUCCUGGGUGCAAAUAAUGUCACCUGUCAAACAGACGGCACUUGGAGUGACACCAUGCCAUCAUGCGUUGCUUGUCAAUCAUUAACAACUCCAAACCUUGGAAAUAUAACAUUUACAACUGAUGGUUCAAGGACAUAUGCUGCAUUUACCUGUACAGAUGGUUAUAGGGUGUUGGGUGACAGUCUUUUAUCCUGCUUUUCAAAUAGUUCCUGGGAUUUACCUGUUCCAACCUGCAUAUGUGAAGAUCUGGAACCUCCAGAAUUUGGACAGGUAGAUAUUGAUGGCUCUGGAACAGUUGCUUCGUACACAUGCGAUGUCGGCUACUCGAUGGAUGGCGACAGGUCGCGUGACUGUCAAUUGGAUGGUACCUCGUGGACAGGAAAUGCACCAACAUGUGUUACAUGCACAGCUUUGUCACCUGUAUCUGGUGCCAACAUUACAUUCUCUACAAAUGGAUCCCAAACACAGGCAAGUUAUAGUUGUCUCCCUGGAUAUUCGCUGGUAGGGGAGGUAACUUCAGAAUGUGACACUUCUGGGACAUGGACACAAACAGCAUCAACAUGUGUAUCGUGUGACACGUUGACAGCACCACCAAGCGGAAGUGUGUCUAUAACCAGCAAUGGGACAGUAUCGGUAGCAGAAUACACUUGCAAUAACGGCUACUCAUUAAGUGGAUCAAGUACUAGACUUUGUGGGCAAGAUGGCAUCUGGGAUGGUCAACCUGCACAGUGUGACUGUGCCGAGCUUACAGAUCCAGCCAAUGGGAAUUUAACUGUGAUAGAUCAAACUGCUUAUUACACAUGUGCCGUCAAUUACACACUUAGUGGAGAAUCACAACUAACGUGCCUGACAGAUGGAUCUGGGUGGAGCGAUACGCCACCUUCUUGUGUGAUGUGCCAGCCUUUGUCGAAUAUAGCUAGUGGAAGUAUAACAUUUACAAGUUUGUCUGGAUUAAACACAACUGCAGAGUAUACUUGUGACGUUGGUUACACCCUUGUAGGCGUGGCUUCACGUACAUGCAAACCUGAUGGAUUGUGGGAAAGCAAUGCUCCAUAUUGUCAAAUAUGUGAUGUAUUACAGUCUCCAAAUAAUGGAGCAGUUUCACUGACAACAAAUGGUUUACAGACUAUAGCCACACACUCUUGUGACAUAGGUUUUACAAUAAAUGAUGCAGCAAUUUUGAUGUCAGAAUGUGAUGAGAGUGGAAAUUGGGCGUCGGCAACUGUAGAAUGCAUCUCAUGUGAAGAGCUUGUAAAUAUAUCAAGUGGUGAGGUCACUGUAUCAACUAAUGGGACAUUUACCUUGGCAACUUACCUGUGUGUGACCGGGUAUGAGCUUGUUGGCGUGAACACCAGGACUUGUCUGAACUCGGGCUUCUGGACAGACACAGAGCCACGCUGCAAGUGUGAAUCACCAACUUCAAUAUUAGACGGAUCAGAGAGUGUCUCCUCAGAUGGUAUGGUGAUGUUUUAUCAGUGCAACAGUGGAUACAGUAUGGAUGGUGCUGCAAACAUCACUUGCCAGGAAGACGGCACCGGGUGGGAUCAAUCCCCACCAACUUGUGUUGAAUGUGAUGAUUUGACCAACCCUGUUGAUGGAUUGGUAACCAUAGCAACUGAUGGAAGCAACAGCAUAGCAACAUAUACUUGUGACAUAGGAUAUUCCUUGGAUGGUUCAGGAUCAUCAAUUCGUACCUGUAAUUCAUUAGGAUCAUGGUCAGAUCUGUCACCUAGCUGUGUUUUUUAUUUUUGUGUUAAGUGUGAUACUCUGUCAAGUCCUGACAGUGGUUCAAUGAUUUUAGCAUUCAAUGAGAGCAGUACACAAGCCUUGUUUUCAUGUGUUGCUGGAUAUUACCUUGAUGGUCAAAGUCUGCUGACCUGUGGUCAAAAUGGAACAUGGGAUUACCAAACACCUGUUUGUAAAUGUGACCCGCCAACAUCACCUGAGAAUGGAAGCUUGGCAAUAUCUGAUAAUGGUUUCACGGUAAUAUAUAGUUGUAAUGUAGGUUACACUCUUCAUGGAGACAAUACAAGAACUUGUCAAGUUGCUGGACAAUCAUGGAAUGGAUCACCCCCAUCUUGUGUUUCUUGUGAGUCUGUACCAUCUCUUGGUAAUGGAAACAUUGGAUAUACAAGUAAUGGGACUGUAACAGAGGUUACUUUUAGUUGUAGCGUAGGUUACACAUUGGAUAGUGUAACUGGUGAAACAUCAAUCACUUGCAGUAGUGAUGGGUCAUGGAGUGAUGUGUCCGUCACUUGUGUAUGUGUACCCCCUACUGUACCAUCAAAUGGUGAGAUGUCUAUAUCAGAUGACAAUAUGACCUUAACCAUCAGUUGUGAUGUAGGAUUUAUACUCAGUGGCUCAGAAGUCCGUACAUGUGGUGCUGAUGGAACAGGCUGGUCUGGAACUCAACCAACUUGUGAGUCUUGUGAUUCCCUUACAACACCUACAAAUGGACAAAUGACUUUAAAUACUGAUGGCUCAGUAACAACAGCUGUUUUCUCAUGCAACACUAGAAGUUCAUUAGAUGGUUAUUCAGUACUGACCUGUAAAUCUGACGGUUCCUGGGAUUUAGACCCACCUAAAUGCGGUACUUUCUUUUAA